CCAUAACAAUGAAUGCCAUCCUUGCCACCCCUUAAUCAUCACCUGUCUCUUUAAUCCCACUCAUUGCCUGCCACUCCUCUUUACUCAAGGACUUUCUCUCUUAAUCUUAUUACAAUCCCACCAAUGUGGCAAAUUUACUUUCUCUUAAUCCCCUUCCAUUAGCGUUUCGUUAAGGGACUCCACUCUGUUUUUACUCGGAAUUUCUCUUCAGUUCUUUGAAUAGAUAUUCCUUCUGUUUUUGGUGAGAAGAGAGGCUACUGCUGGAUUCUAUGGCCCUGAAAUGUUUCCGGGUCAGCUUGACUCUGUUCUGUGGCUUUUGGGUGGUUGUUUUCUGUGAUCAAGAUGGUUUCUUGAGCUUAUCUUGUGGUGGAGCUAGGAGUUAUGUUGAUUCAGCUAAGAUAGCAUGGGUCUCAGAUAAUACCUUCAUAAGCACAGGCAACACAACUACCGUUGAGUAUGUUGAGGGUACUUCCUCAUCCAGUGUUCCACUUCGAUUUUUCCCAGAAUCUCAAGGUCGCAAUUGCUAUAAGUUACCAGUAAAGAAUAUAUCAUCCGUGGUUCUUGUGAGAGCCCAAUUUGUGUAUAAGAACUAUGAUGGACGUUGGAAACCUCCAGCUUUCUCCGUUUCUCUCGGGACAGCUAUCACUAGUACAGUGAACCUCACCAAUAAAGAUCCAUGGAAUGAAGAGUUCAUAUGGCCAGUGAGUAAGGACACACUCCCAUUUUGCGUCAAUGCUAUUCCAAUGGGUGGAUCUCCUGUUAUUUCCUCACUUGAAGUUCGGCCACUUCCUCAAGGCGCUUACCAAGGUGGCAUGGAAGAUUUCCCAAAUAAAGCGCUUCGUACGUGUUAUCGGAUUAAUAGUGGUUACACCAAUGGAUCGCUGAGGUAUCCUGUAGAUCCAUUUGACCGCAUUUGGGAUGCUGAUCAAAGUUACACACCCUUUCAUGUCUCACCUGGGUUUGACAUUCUUCUUAGCUUCAAUUUGUCAAGUCAAAAGGAGAGCCCUCCUUUGGAUGUAUUGCAGACUGCUAGAGUUCUGGCACGAGAGGAUGUGCUACAUUAUAACUUACCUCUCCAAACAUUGGGAGACUACUACAUUGUCCUGUAUUUUGCUGGCAUUCUUCCUCUGUCUGCUUCUUUUGAUAUAUUAAUUAAUGGGGAUGUUCAGCAGUCAGAUUUCACAGUAAGUACCUCAAAAGCCAGUACUCUAUAUUUUACACAGAAGGGAGUCACAAGUCUGGAUAUUGCACUUAGGAGCAUCAGAUUCUACCCUCAAAUUAAUGCAUUUGAGGUUUAUGAAAUUAUUAAUAUUCCAUCAGAGGCUUCCUCAACUACAGUUUCAGCACUUCAAGUUAUUGAGCAGUCUACUGGUUUUGAUCUUGGGUGGCAAGAUGAUCCAUGCUUCCCAACUCCAUGGGAUCAUAUUGAAUGUGAAGGCAGUGUAGUGACAUCAUUGGACCUUUCAGACAUCAACUUGAGGUCAAUUAGUCCAACAUUUGGUGACUUGCUGGAUCUUAAAAUACUGAAUUUGCAUAACACGUCACUUUCAGGAGCAAUACAAAAUCUGGGUAGCCUGCAGCAUCUUGAGAAAUUGAAUCUGAGUUUCAACCAGCUAACAUCCUUUGGUUCUGAUUUAGAUAGCUUGGUUAACCUUCAAGUUCUGGACUUGCAUAAUAACAGUUUACAGGGAAUAGUUCCAGACAGCUUGGGAGAGUUAGAGAAUCUACAUCUACUGAAUCUGGAGAACAAUAAACUGCAAGGUAUCCUCCCCCUAUCUUUGAACAGAGAAAGUUUGGAAGUUAGAACAUCAGGAAAUUUGUGCCUUUCCUUCUCCACAAUGGCAUGCAAUGAUGUCUCAUCAAAUCCUUCAAUUGAGACACCACAAGUUACUAUUGUUACCAAUAGGAAGCACACUCGACGUAGUCAUUUACUAAUUAUACUUGGUGCAACUGGUGGAGCCUUAUUUGCUCUACUCCUUACUUCUCUUUUAGUAUUAUUGUACAUAAAGAAAAGGAAAACCGAAGCCACAUAUGCUACAAGUCCAGUGAUUGAUAUGCGAAACUGGAACGCUGCUAGAAUUUUUUCCUACAAAGAAAUAAAAGCAGCUACAAACAACUUUAAGGAAGUCAUAGGUCGCGGUAGCUUUGGAUCUGUUUACCUUGGAAAGCUAUCAGAUGGCAAACUGGUAGCUGUAAAAGUGCGGUUUGAUAGAACUCAAUUGGGUGCUGAUUCUUUUAUCAACGAGGUUCAUCUGUUGUCACAAAUUCGUCACCAAAAUCUUGUUUGCUUGGAAGGAUUUUGUCAUGAAUCAAAGCAGCAGAUACUAGUGUACGAGUAUCUACCAGGCGGAUCACUGGCUGAUCACCUGUAUGGUCCAAAUUGUCAAAAAGUUUCGUUAAGCUGGGUUCGCAGACUGAAAAUAUCUGUUGAUGCUGCAAAAGGGCUGGACUAUUUGCAUAAUGGGAGUGAUCCAAGAAUCAUACACCGUGAUAUCAAGUGCAGUAACAUCCUUUUGGACAGUCAGAUGAAUGCCAAGGUCUGCGAUUUUGGCCUCUCUAAGCAAGUAACCCAGGCAGAUGCGACUCAUGUGACCACUGUUGUCAAGGGAACUGCUGGCUAUCUAGAUCCUGAGUAUUAUUCCACUCAACAGCUGACCGAGAAAAGUGAUGUCUACAGUUUUGGGGUUGUUCUUUUAGAGCUCAUAUGUGGAAGAGAACCACUGACUCACUCGGGAACCCCAGAUUCCUUCAAUUUAGUGCUAUGGGCGAAGCCCUACUUGCAGGCAGGUGCAUUUGAGAUAGUGGAUGACAGCUUAAAGGGAAGCUUUGAUGUCGAAAGCAUGAGAAAAGCAGCCUUAAUAGCCGUAAGGUCUGUAGAAAGAGAUGCAUCCCGGAGACCAACUAUUGCAGAGCUAUUGGCAGAGCUGAAAGAAGCCUAUAGUAUUCAGCUUUCAUACCUUGCAGCUUUGGGACACUCAGGUUAAGCUAGCGAAUGCAAGAUUAAAACAAUGUUUAUAUUUAUAUUACAACUUUGAAAACUUUUCCUACAGGGAGUUGGUUUUUGGGGAGGUGAGGUAUAAAGCCUUCUGCGGAAAAUGAAGAGUAAGUUAUGGAGCACAGGGUUAUUUCGGAGUGUGUCUAUUAAGAGUGUUAUGUCUAUCUAUUCUGUCAAUGCCAAGCAAUAAUAAUUUUUUUUUUUUUU